AUGGAGAACGGGGUAAUGGGUAUCGAGCAUGGUAACAUGAUCGAUAAGGAGACAGCAGAGUUGAUGGCCCAGAAGGGCGCAUAUCUCACCCCAACUCUGGUAACCUACACUGCAAUGGGCGAUGAAAAGUUUGCUGGAUACAUGCCAGCCGAGUCCAUGGAGAAAAAUGCGGAGGUAUACGUGGCAGGGCUGCGAGGUCUUAAGAUUGCUGCGGACGCUGGGGUAAACAUAUGCUACGGUUCUGAUCUUCUCGGACAUCUCGGCGUACGCCAGCUCGAUGAGUUCACCAUCCGAAGUAAAGUGCUACCUCCUCUGGAAAUCUUACGAAGCGCGACCAUCAUCCCCGCCAAGAUGAUGCGACAGGAAAACUUUCUGGGGCAGAUUAAGCAAGGCUUCGCUGCGGAUUUGCUGAUUCUGAACGCAAAUCCUUUGGAAGACAUAUCGGUUUUGGCACAGCCGGAGAGAAAUCUCUUGGCUGUCAUUAAAGAUGGUAGUCUGCCCGGUGUAGCCUCCAAGAAGCUGCGUCAUAUCCAGUACGUCUAG